UCAAAACAUCACUAAUCCGCGUCGGACAUUCUGGUACAGGCCAUCAUCGGCCCCGUUUUACAAAAAAAAAAAAAAAGGCGGGGGGACUAAUUCCAGUGAAAUAACACUGUCCUGCGUUGAGUGCGCUAUCAAGCAGGGAAGCAGGGGCUCGGGCUGCCGCUCGUGUGCGUGUCGGAGGGGUUGGGAAUGCUGCACAGAGAGUGCGUUACGUGGACCUAUCUGCAGUCAUUUCUGGGCAGUUUUAUUUGCAGGAUUCACCGACCAAUCGUGGAUUGUUUUGGAUUUUUUUUUUUUUUUUUUUUUUUUUUUUGCGCGUUGACAGCUGGACCGCUCUGCGCCUUCAGCGGAGAGGAGAGACAACUAUCCGAUAUCCGACUCCUCUUUAAGACUUUGUCCAGUAGCAUUCAAUGUUGGGCAGCACAUGGCUGAGGCUGCCUUGUGGCUGACAAUGCUUUCCACAAACCGCUCAGGAGGUGCGUGGGGAUGAAAUGGUUGGAGCCCAUGGCCAGACCAACUCACUAUCUCCCUCAUCCCAACAUGUCCAACUGCAGCAAGUCUCCCCCCAACUCUGGAGAAGCUGCAGGCAAUAAUUCCAUGGCAUGGGUGAAGAUGUUCAAAAAACCUGGAGGAGGCCUGAAGAAAUCCUACCAGCCUGGGAGCAUGCUGUCCCUCGCACUCACCAAAGGCCUGCUGAAUGAGCCCGGCCAGAAUAGCUGCUUCUUAAACAGUGCUGUUCAGGUGCUUUGGCAGCUGGACAUUUUCAGGAGAAGUCUGAGGCAGCUCUCAGGUCACUUUUGUCUCGGUGAUGCCUGCAUUUUCUGCGCUUUAAAGAGUAUAUUCAGCCAGUUUCAGCAGAGCAGAGAGCGGGUGCUUCCCUCCGACAGCUUGCGUAACGCCCUUGCUGAAACUUUUAAGGAUGAGCAACGCUUCCAGCUUGGGCUGAUGGAUGAUGCUGCUGAGUGCUUUGAGAACAUCUUGGAGCGAAUUCAUUUACACAUAGUUUCAGACACGGCGACUGAUUCAUGCUCAUCCAAAUCCUGCAUCACCCAUCAGAAGUUUGCAAUGAUGCUUUAUGAGCAAUUUGUGUGUCGCUGUUGUGGCGCAUCUUCAGACCCACACCCAUUCACAGAAUUAGUACAUUAUGUCUCCACUACUGCUUUAUGCCAACAGGUUGAUCGCAUGUUGGGAAAGAGCGAGCGGCUAAGGUCAGACAUGUUUGGAGAAUUGCUGCAGGCAGCAAACAACACAGGUGACCUCCGAAGCUGCCCGAGUAACUGUGGUCAGAGCAUCAAGAUCCGUCGCGUCCUAAUGAACUGUCCAGAGAUUGUGACGAUUGGAUUCGUAUGGGACGCCGAGCAGUCUGAUCUUACAGAUGAUGUCAUUAAGUCCCUUAGCCCCCGUUUGAACCUGUGUGGGCUUUUCAACCGAGUCACUGAUGAAAAUGCUAAACGGAGUGAGCUACAUCUGGUGGGGAUGAUCUGUUUUGCGAGUAAACAUUACUCAGCUUUUGCCUAUCACACCAAAUCUUCAAAGUGGAUGUUUUUCGAUGAUGCUACUGUGAAAGAGAUUGGGUCCAAAUGGAAAGAUGUUGCUUCUAAAUGCAUUAGAGGACAUUUCCAGCCGCUUCUUUUAUUUUACACCAACCCCGAGGGCAGUCCUGUAUCUAAUGAAGAUGCACCAAGGCAGACCACCAUGUGUCCCCGCUACAAAACCCAAGUAAACGGUGACAUGAACGUAAAACAUCCUCUUGGCAGUCCUAACAAAUUUCAGGAAACUUUCAUGGAGAAUUUGCAGAGGCCAGGUGAAACAUCAAAAAAAGACAGAGGUCAUCGAAGAACUGAACCAUCACAAAACAAAGAUAUGACGCAUGCAAGACCUUCAUCUCCACCAGAGAAUGGUCCAGGGCCUCCUGUGGAAAAAUCAAAAAGCUAUCCACGUAAUGAGAAGCCAUCAAACCAUUCAAGCAGAGGAUCUCAGGAGCCACAUGGACAGUCCUUUGGUGCACAGAGUGGUGGACAUAGUCGGAAAACUAAUAAUUUCCCAGGUCACAAUGACCAGGAUGGCACCCAUGACCAAUGGGAAAAAGGUGGGAGUGGAGGAAGUCGCAAUAAGUCUAAGUCUACUUGGAGACCUAUUCGGGAGGUGUUAAAUGUGGACACGGUAUUGAAUGAACUAGAGCAGCGGCGUCAGCAGCAACAUGACAGCCCGCGGUGUAGUAAGCCUCCAUCACACGAGAGGGUGCACCCAGAACAAAACCGAGAUCGCGAGCGGGAAUAUGUCCGAACCAGAGAGGAUCGGAAACAGAAAUGUUUAAUGACGAUUUAUGAGGACGAGCAGCGGCUUGAGACCGAGAGCCACAGCUCUGUAGAGUCAGAAAGCCGAGCAAAUUACCAGAGGGGCAGCAAACUAAAGGGGGGCCCAAAGACUCUUCUACGUAGUGAUACCUGGACCAUUCAAAGGACAGAGUCUGGCUAUGAGAGCAGUGAUAGACUCAGCAGUGGCUCCACCAAUCCUGAUUCUCCUGGGGUCGAUGGCUUUGCUGUUAAAGACCAGAGAUCAACAGCGGAGGUACCGCUGCAAAGCCAGCAGCACCAAAAAGGAGGCGAUGCAAAAUCUAGUAUAAUGUCCUCACCUCCACACAAUGGCAAACAUCAACCCAAACCUCAGGGAAAGAACCAUGAUCAAGUUUCACAUUCACAUCAAAAGAGCAGUCCAUGUUCGAGACGGAAAUCAAAGUACACGUCUAGUACCUCCAGAAAAGCAGGGUCUUCUGAGAGGAUCUUGUCUGGCUCGGACAGCAGGCAGAGUGAGCAGCAGGAGAUGACAAACUGUAGAGGGCACACUGGAGAAAGUGCAAACCUGAGGCACAUUACAAAAACCAGCAGCUCAGAAUGGAACAGCUCUGAUGAUCUUGCUCUCUCUGAGCCAGAGGAUAGAGAAAGCACUUACCUCUCCAGUAACAGCGAGGCCACAGCCUCUGAUUCUCAGUGUCCCCAUAUAAGCCUGCCAUACCACCCUCCCAGCAAUGUGACGGCAGAAACUCUUCAACUGAACAGCCAGCGUCAGCUUGGUACAACAGGGUUGCCUCACCUUCGACCCAGCCAACGGACUCCUCACCAAGGGGAAACAGGCCACCCAGUGUUUCGUCCCAGGAUGCUCCAAGAACCUUUUCCAUCAAGUCCUCGUCUUUCGUCCACAUCUUACGUCAGUCCUCACAGAAAGCCCGACAUGUCGGGCCUCCGAACCUUCUCAGAUGCAAGCUCCAAGUCGGGGUCUGACCCAGAAAGGAGUACCCCAUCAUCGUGUGAAAGCGAGGAAAGAGCAGCUGGAUGCAGGAUUGAACAGGCAGUGCCUGCUCAAGAGGUUUCUCUGACAACAUACUUCAAUGUGGAUAACUGCAUGACGGAAACAUACCGUCUCAAGUACCACAACCAGAGGCCUCUUGUCCUCUCUGCCACGGUGCCACGGACAACGGUUGCAAGUGAGCGGAGAGAUAACAGUGAUACACAUUCACAAGAUGUGCCAAAAGCCAGACCGGAAACAAGUAAGCCUCCAAACAAAACCAGCCAUAAUAGCAAUAAACCCACUGCAAAAUGGAACCCAGUGACAGCCAAAGGACUGGAUGAACGUGGUUUUUUAUGAGUGUAACUUGGUAAGUUUUGUUUACAUGGAUGGGCAGUAUUAACUGGAUGCCAAAGAGUUUACAGAAUGGAAAUAUGUCAGGAAGCCACGGCACCUCCAAACCGAGACGAACUUAUUUAUGCAAGCCUGUCACAUAAAUAAAACCUAUUUCUAAAUGCUGUUGUGUAUGACUUGACGGAUUAUCAACUUUCACGUGUAUCUUCAUUUGUUUUGUAGCGUUGCUGCACGAAGAUUUCGUUUCAACCAAACCCUGUUUUCAGUUUGCACUAAGAAGUUUUUUUAGGGUUAGAUCAUUCUUUUUUAUCACCGUAUGUCUGUUUUAAAAUAUUUGUAUUUUAGUGCACAUAUUUUAUUUGUGCACUAGUGCUGCAGAAAUUAAACUAUACAAAUAUAUUUAGGGUAAGGCAAAAGAGAUUAAGGUGAAUCACAGAUGAUGUGCUGUGGUCUGUACCGUAAAAGAAUUGAGUGUGAUCACAAAUGAGAGCAUGCUAACAUGAAAAGAUAUGCUAAAGAUACAUUAUCUGAUUAUGAUGUCAUUCUACACAACACAAUAAAAUCAAAGGUUGGCCUCAUCGACAGCAGGUUAAAGGCAGUUAAUCUAAUUACCCCUGUCAAAGGAGUAAGAUUGGAAAAGUUAUUCAUGAUUUCUGAGCACCUUACAAGUUUUAUGGAUAUUUUGGAGGCUUUAGGUCACCAGAGGACAGACGCUGUAACAGUGACUCUUAUUUAUUUACUGAGGUGUUCUAAGUGUUAUCAGUUAUCAGUUAUUUUACAACAUUAUUCUGUUAAUGAAUGACUGUGGGCUGCCCCAUACCAGUCAGUCUUUUGAUGUAAAAAAAAGUGUACUGGAAAAGAUGAUCGAUUGUUCAUUUACUUGAGAAAAACACCCCCAGUAAAGGUCAAUUUUAUGUCAUCCUUGAAAAAAAAUGUGUAACUUGGUUUAUUGGUUGGUUUUAUUGGCAAUGUCACAGGGCAGCCUUCAGGCUAUUUAGUAACCACCAUACACAGUCGUGCAACCUUUUUGUGUUUUCUUGUCUUCAGUGCUGAUUCUUGUAACCUUUUUUUGUAAUUCCCAGUGAUGUCAAAACCAUUUAUUUUCCCAGUCUUCCUCUUAAAGUAGGCAGAUUUAAAUGCAGGUCUGUAUUUCCAGGUAUUUUCAUAAUAAUGCCAAUGUAAUUGAUAUAACUGACAUAACUAUUAACCAUACUACUUAACAUAACACACAAGUAUCCUUGUUCAUAGUAAGACUAAUAUUCUGAAACCUGCAUGUGGCCUUUACAGAGUCAUACUAGCUGUUUGUACAGCCUGAGCAUGAGCAUGAUAAUCCUGGACUGACUCCAGCAAACAUAACAUUCUGUUUGAUUUUAUUCAAUUGUAAUAAAACAAAGUCAUCAAAUAGCAAUUUGUAACCUUUUAAACACUUGAAUGUUCUCUUGCUCACACUAGAAUACAUAAUAUUAUGUUAUGCAUACAUUUUUGAAUCUAAAUGUAUAAUGCAAACAGUGUGUUGGAAAACAAACUGUCCGAGACAUACUAUGCAUUCACUUUAAAAAAUAAUUACUUUAAGAGCAGGUUUUGGUGUUUUUAGAUCCUUUUUUUUAUAUGCACAUUUUUCAAAUCUCAAUAUAUAUAUAUAUUUUUCAACUCACUAGAUUGCCAAGUCUCUUUAUAACCAUCAUGCCAUAUACACAUAUUUUUUUCACCUUCCAUUUUUAUCACAGCAACCUUUGUCCAGGUAUUUACUCCUCCCACUGAACACAUUUAGCUGUGUAUGUAUGCCGUGUUUGACCCGACAGACAUUUGAAAUUUGUGUUGGUCAUUUCGAUUUUUGUGUGUUUCUACUUGUAUUUGUCAUGGUUUACUUACACUGUUUAAAUAUAAGAAAAACAAGACUUGGACUUCACAGGCAGUCCAGUCUAUCGCUCACUGAUACAGUACACAAUGAUAUACACUAGACUGCCUUUAAACAACUUGAUUGUGCUGUAGUAAUUAUAAAUCCCUGCUAUUUUUAAGACUUCCUAUAUAUUUAAUGGAAAAAGUAACUAAAUAGCUAAAUUACCGAUAAACUGAAGCUCAGUCCAAGAAUAAUAACCAGAUUACCUUAACGUUGAUUCACCUGUGAAGUGUUUUUUCUUCAUAAUGAUUGUGGGGUUUUUUUAAAUUUUUUCCUUCAUCUUAAAAAACUCUUCUCUUUUCCUCACAAGUUUCAUUUUACAUUCUGAACAUUGUGUCUUCAGUUGUAUCAACAGUGCCUUGACACUUUCAGUGAAUUCAUUUUUUGUUGUUGUUUUGUUCUUUGUUGGUGAACCACAUUUAGAGAAUAAAAAUGAUGAAUGAAGGAAAAUAGACGAUGUUGCGAUAAAACUUUGGAGCAGGCAAUGCUACCGGUGACGUAUUUGACACUCCUGUAUGUGAAAAUGUUAUUUAUAGGUUGGAUUGGGGUUCUUAGCGGCUCCUUCAGACUUCGAUGCAACAAUCACAGCUGCAGGCAGCAGACUCAGCAGUUCAAAAACGAUUCCCUCUGUUAAACUAACAGUACUUGCUGCAAUUGUGCAAAUACGAUUAUGUCUUGCAUCCACAGUUUGUAGUCUUCAGUUAAAGUUUGAAUUUGCUCUCGAGGCCUGCUUGAUGAGACUGGUUUUCUCCUGUGUCACUUAAUGUCACAGUUGGCAUUGCAUCAAUCUGUUUCUUUUAUUUCGGGCUACCCGUACAGUGGAGCAACCUAAUUACGCUGUAAAACCACAAAACAAAAGAAAGCUUUCUGCAUCAUGUCACUGAUCUUAUCAGUUAUAAGAAGUUAUAAGAUGACGAUGCCUGAUAAGUAGGCUCGGGAUACCUCCCUGAAUCCUGCCGUCUGUUUGGUUUUGGUCCUGUGCAUUUGGUCUGCUGAGUUGAUUUAUUGACAUUACAGUAAAUGCUUCAUGACUGUACAUGUCAGUUUAAAGAAACAUGUGAAACCUGUCUACACUUUAUAUUUUUGUAGAUAAUAUAUAUUUAUUUUUAUUCAUUGUUGAAUAAAGUUUCAAUUAUUG